AUGUGUAAUUUCCAAAUCUCUCUCUCUCUCUCUUUCUUUCUUUCUAUCUAUUUAUUUAUCUCUCUCUCUUUCUUUCUUUCUAUCUAUCUAUCUAUCUAUCUAUCUCUUUCUUUCUAUCUAUCUAUCUAUCUGUCUAUCUUUCUUUCUUUCUUUCUAUCUAUCUAUCUAUCUAUCUAUCUAUUUCUCUCUCUCUCUUUUUCUAUCUAUCUCUCUUUCUUUCUAUAUACACUUGUAAACGGCAUAGCCUAUUGUCCUGUAUAUCUAUCUAUCUAUCUAUCUAUCUAUCUAUCUAUCUAUCUAUCUAUCUAUCUAUCUAUCUAUCUAUUACAGGAUAUAAUUAUUUAUGUAUGUAUGUACCUUCAUCUAUCUAUCGCAUAUAUUCUUUUUUUCUACUUCUUCGCUCUUCUUCGUCUUCUUCUUCUUUGUCCUCGCCGUCGUCCCUCUUCUCAUUUUUCUUCUUUUUCCCAUUUUGUUUCUCUUCUUCUUCUUUUGUCCCUCUUCUCCUCCUUCGUUGACUUCUUCCCUCUUUCCAUUUUGUUUUUUAAAUAUUCCCUUCUUCUUUCCUCUUAUCGUUUACUUCUUCUUCUUCUUCACAUUUUAUUUCUUUGUGAAUAUUCUCUUCUUCUUUUUCUUAUUCUUCCCAUUUUAUUUCUUCUUGAAAUAAUCGCUUCUUCUUCUUUUUUUCUUCUUCUUCCCUCUUCUUCUAAUCUCUUCUUUUUCUUCUUCCCAUUUUGUAAGUAUUUUUUCUUCUUUUUCUUCUUCUUCUUCUUCUUCUUCGUCUUCUUCUUCUUCUUCUUUUUCUUCUUCCUUUUUUUCUACAUCAUUGUCUUCUUCACUGAAAGGAAAGUGAAAUGA